AGACUUUCUCCAUAUAAUAGCGGGAAGCAGGACGACAGCUUCUAAAAGGAGAGCAGACAACAACUCAUAUGGUGGUGGAAUAACUCUGAAUACCUAAAGUGAACAGAUCAGAAAAUGUGUAAAGGAUUAGCUGCCCUUCCCCAGACAUGCCUGGAAAGGGCUAAGGAGAUCAAGACUAAAUUGGGAAUUCUGCUUCAGAAGCCAGAGAAUUCCAUCGACCUUAUUAUCCCCUACCAAGAAAAGCCUGAGAAGAAACCAGAGAAGCUUCAGAAACCCACACCUGAAGAAGCAGCCCAGUGGCGUGAGACCCUUGAGAAGCUCCUUUCCAACAGCUACGGCCUGGCCACCUUCAAGAGCUUCCUCAGAUCUGAGUUCAGCGAGGAAAAUAUUGAGUUCUGGGAGGCUUGCGAGGAUUUCAAAAAGACCAAGUCCCCUCUGAAAAUGGCCAUCAAAGCAAAUAAGAUUUAUGUGGACUUCAUUCAGACUGGUGGGCCCAAAGAGGUGAACAUUGACCACUUCACCAAAGAUGUGACUCUGAGGAACCUGGUGGAUCUUUCUCCCUCCACUUUCGAGCUGGCUCAGAGCCGAAUCUACACCCUGAUGGAGAAAGACUCCUUCGGCCGGUUCCUGCGGUCUGAGCAGUACCAGGAACUCCUCAAGUAAACUGACUAGUCCAGCUGCAGGGGGACUCAGCUCUUUGGUCACAAAUUCAUAUCAUUAUCCUCAAACUAAAAGUCAUAAAUAUACAUUUCUGACACACUUCUAAAACUCAUUAAACAAUACCACGGUGGUUAAUUGGUAAAAGUGGAAAACACCAGGCACAGUUGCAAUGUCUCCCUGCAGCUGACUGGCCCACUGCUAACAAGAACAUCUUAACAUAAAUUGUUCAAAUUAAUAUGAUUCCUGCCCAGUGCUCUGAAUGUCAAGCACUUCAAUAAAAGAAGUUGAUUAGGGCUUAAGAUACAGUAUGCAUUGCUCCUUAUAAAAGUGUGAGUUGUCAUUAGAAAUCAUUUAAUUUGUACAAGUGCAAAAUGCAAAGGAUUUUAAGCGCCUCUUAAAAUCUUGUAUAUAUAAUGUCCUAUUAAUUGGAGUCGCACUCUGAUCCCUGUAGACUAAAUAAAGACUAAAACUGA